GACGAUAUAAACUUUGCGCGCAAAAAGACGUUAUGAUCGUUCCCGGAUUCUGACGUCAUGAUUCCCUUGGAAGAUAUAAAAUAAACAAAGUGAAACAAGAUGGUGUCUGAAGAGCAUGCUAAAAACACGGACGAAAAAAUAUGAUGAAGUGGCUUUGUGUAGCAGUAAUUUGCAUAUUUUUUAUGCUGAAAAAGAUUGGAUUAUGCCACGCCCACUCUGAGGAGGAUAGACACGCCGACACACAUCACCUCGGGGAGAAACUGUUCUAUGCUGUAUUCGGGGUGGAGAAAUUACCAGUCUGUUUGUUAUGCGACGAUGAGCAACAACCAGCAGAGAAAAAUUCUCCUUUCUUAGUUUCAGAUCUAGGAAAUUCACUUCUCCUCCCAAUUGUUGUUGGUUGUAUCUCGGGACUCUUGUUCUGCUCAUGUCUGUUGGCCAUAUACAUCUUGAAACGACGCUUCAGAGAAGGAAAAAUUGAGCUCGGGGCCAGAGACAUCUGUACCACGGCUAAUAAAAAUUCUGCAUAUUUGAGAGCUUUUGUUGUGAAAAGAAAAGAUGCAACAAGAAUCAGAUGCCUAGAACAAGUAGCUGAUCAAGUCAAGCGAGAAAAGAACUCGAGGAAAAUUCGCCUGUUGGUUAGAAAGCGCCGAGAUGGAUCUGUCGAAACACUCAAGGUACGACUAGACAAGUACAGAGAUCCAAACUUUCACCAGAGGGAAAAGGGAGGGAAGAGGAGCAAAAAAGCACUAGAAGAAUAUCAAGCCGAGGACCUGCCCGGAGAACUUCUUGAUUCUCUGUUGUGUGUGAAACCAAACUGUACUGAGCAUCGUCACGGAAAAAUCAAAUCUUGUAGGAAAACACAAACCGAGAAAGUCAAGGUUCCAAGAAAAUUUGAACGAACGCCGCCAAAGGGCUUCGAACAGGACAUGCGUGACGGUGUACCAUUGGAGGACAUCGACUGUUUAUCAGAUCUUGGGCCCCCUCAACAUUCUUCAACUUUCGUGCAGUCUGAUCCGCAAUCAUUUUACCAAUCAAAUCUGAACGGAUCUUCCAAGAGUCCUUUUGUCGACUCUUCGUGUGACACUUUGGGAUCAUCCGCGGAACCCCAAGUCCCGUGCUACGGUACAGAAAACGAUCGAGUCUACGAACAAAAUGGUUCUUUGAGGGACCCGCCAACGUCAGAUAAGCAGAAUUCUAUGUGGAAUACAACGUCAAUCCAACUCCCUAUUUCAACCCCAGACAAAAAGAAUUGUGAGGGCUCUCUAUUUUUCCUUAAUGAAGGAACUUCGGAGCAUCUUGACUCAUUCCAAGAGGAAAGUCCAGAAAAUACAUUUGCUGAGAAAAAUGGAUUCUCGUUUGAUGAUAGUGCAACCAAUAGUUCGUAUCUCCAAAGACUUGACAAUUCGGUAACUCUGGAAACAUCUGCGGAAUCCACAAAUACGGGAUUUGGGAAUUUUGUUGAUUCUUUUCAAGGACUAAGAAACAGAUCUGUGACGUGCGUGCGAAGUGCUCUGGAAUGCGCUUCAAACAUAGCUCUGCAAACUGGACGUGGGGCGCGCUACGUUGGAAGAAAAACUGUGGAAGGAGCAACAGUGUUGCUUCAAAGAACAGGACAUGGAACGCGUGUUGUCUUUGCAAAAACGGCAGACGGUGUCCAUUACGUCAUUGAGUCAACAUGCAGUCGAACUAGACGUAGAUGUGUUGCUAGGAAGAUAUGUGCUGCAGAAAAAUCUCUUCUCUGUGCAAUCGCUAGGGAAAAUUUAAAUUGGAGUGUUUAUGAAUACAUGCAGGAGUUUGCUCAAUAUGGAGAUGAUACGAAUACAGCCCUCCAUCUUGUUGCUGCUGUUCUCGUCAAGUUUUCUGUUGACAAAGCUCGUUCCUGUGCAAAGCGCCAUUUGGAUGUCAAUAUGUCUUGCUUUCUUUCAAACGAGAGCUUUUUUAUUGAACACGACGAUGAAAAUUUGCAUGCUUGUGGAGAUUUUUCAUACGAAAAUUAAAUUUGGCAUUACGUCGUCUUCGCAUAAAAAUGUGUUGACACCACUAAAUUGAUUUAAUUAUAUUCAAUAGGCAAAACUAAUGGUAUAAAAUAAUAUUAUCCCAGUUUUGCCAGGUCGGUGGAUUAAAACGAUUUUGUAGAAUAGAAAGCAAAUAUAAAUUUUAUUUUUGUCAAUCAUGAAUGCUCAAUCAUAAUGUCUUACAUCUUCAUAUUAAUUUUUUAAAAGUAAAAUUAAAUUUUUAAUUAAUGCAGACUAACGA